AUGGCCAGGCUGGCGCUGGCAAGUAUAGUCAUCAGCCCCGUCGCCGCGCUCUUGGUGUGGUCGCCAGCGAAUGGGCCGCGGGUGACAUUGUCGACCGACUAUCCUGGGGGGUGGGCCCCGAGCAAAGCGAGUUGCGUCGACAUCUGCGUCGGUGCGAGCCCAUACCCAACGUGCUUUACAAACACGACCGACUGCGUCCACAAGCGCCAAGCGCCCGGCGACUACGACACCUUGCUUCUCGACCAGCUUUUUCUCCCGCAGUUUUGCCGCGACUUGCUCACGGGCACCGACCCGACGCUGGCCCACCGCCCCGUCGCGGCCUACCCGCUCGGUAUCUCGUGCAAGAUGCCGUCGGUGCCGAGCCGCCUCUUGAUCCACGGUCUGUGGCCCAAUUACGACGGCGGGUACCCCGCUUGCUGCAAUACGAGCGCCACGAUCUUGAACCGGCCGUUCAACCCGCAUACGUGGACGACCCGAUUCCCGUCGUUACUGGCCGACAUGACCGACGCGUGGCGAGACGCGACGCAGCUAGUGCCCAUCGACAUGGCCUGCGAGCUGUGGAACCACGAGUUCCAAAAGCACGGUCUCUGCUACACGGAUGCCAGUAGCGGCUACGAAGACGCCGCCGCGCGGUACUUCACCGAUACGUUGCACGUGGCGCAGCGCCUCGCCGCGGCGACGACAGCCAUCAACGCAGUCGCGGCAAGCGAUAUGCCUAUGGUGACUACAGCGAUGCUCCAGAGCCUCUAUUCGCACACUGUCGAGAUGCAUUGCGUCCAACGAGACAAUGGAAGCGUCUUCCUAUCGGCUGUUCGGAGCUGCUGGAGCAAGCCUCGCGGCGAUAUCGCCACCGCAGUGCAAGUCGACUGCUCGAGUACGCGUGCGCCUGACGCGUGCCCACCCAACGCGCAUUUGUCCGUCGCACCGUACAAGGCACCACAGGACUGAGCUCACACGGGCGUGCUGACCGCGAGUAGGGCCAGCCGAGCGUUGAAUCCAAGUCGUCGUGUGGUACUAGUUUGGUAGACCUUCUAGAGAGCUGAUACUCGC